UUCCUUCCUGCGUCCAUCAUCAGUCGGCUCGGUCCGUCAGCGCGUCCGCACACACUCUCCUGAACGGCCGCUGCUCGUCCUCAGCUCACCGGAGACCUACGGUUCACUUCAGCUGGUUCGUGAUGCUCUCUACUGGCUGAGCGUCUGACUCCACCAUGUCGACCUCGGACUCGGAUUACUCCAUCGACUGGCUCGCCAGCGAUGAGGAUGACUACGAAAGCCCGAGGAGGUUAAGUCCUCAGCACACGGAGGAGCCGCCGCCGCCACCAUCAUCAUCAUCAACCUCCUCCUCAUUAAGGGAAUCUCCUACGAGCUGCUUCCACUGUGGAGCGGCCCAGAGGAGGAGGAGGGCGAGGGGUGACUGUAAAGAUGGAGCCGACCCUCCAGCCGGCCUGCAGGCCCCUUCAGGCAGUCCAGUUCAGGGAUUUACCUCCGUUUAUACGCAGCAUCGUUCAGCCAGGAAGAGAGCGCACAGCGGACUCUGUGAAAAGCCUCAAGCAGAAACUGAAAACGAACUCUUCUUCCACAAGUGCACGGAGCUGCAGUGCUACAUCCAGCCGCUGUCGGCCAUCCUGCGGGGCCUGAGAUCAGGCAGGUACUCUGAACGUCUCAGCAGUUUUCAGGAGAGCGUCGCAAUGGACCGUAUCCAGAGAAUAAUGGGGGUCCUUCAGAAUCCAAACAUGGGCGGUCGCUUCCUCAGCAUCAUACUGAAAAUAGAAGAAAUGCUCCAGAGCUGGUUCCCAAACAUCAAACCGACAGACGACGGCUCUCCGCCCAAGAAACAAAAGCAUCCGAGCAGUGCCUCCUCUCCUCCUCCUCCUCCUGCUUCCUCUCUGCUCUGCUCCUCAGACGUGGAGCCGGCUGUCGCAGCCUCGUACUCCUCCACUCACCUCAAAUGGCUCCACACGUCAGCCAUCUGCUCCCUGAAAACUCCAGAAUCAACGCUCAGCCGGCCCGCUGCCGCCGCCGCCGCCGCCUCCUCCCCCUCUGCCUCCCCUCUGCCGGCACGCUGCAGCCAGGAGGCAACCCAGGACAAUGCCGUCUCCUCCAGCACCGACCGACGCACGGGGCGCCGCCUCGCCACUGAACCUCGCCUGCCCUUCAAGAUCAGCUCGCCGUGUCUGGAAAGACUCCUGAAGGCGAAGGACAGCAUCAUCGCCCCGAGGACUGUGGGAGACGGAGGCUGGUUGUCGGAUCUGGUUUGAGAGGACGCUUCACACGCGGCGAGACCUCGACGCUCCGGCGCCUCGAGGCUUCCUGACGACACUAAAAGGCCUUAAAAAAAGCAUGUUUCAAAGUCUUCUGCAUCUUUUUUUAAAUGCAGCUGCUGAGGUUCUCCAGGACGAAGCGUAGAUUGGACUGUUGAGGAUCCGUUAGACGGAUCUAAAGGAGGAGUCUGCAGAAGAGGAUCGUUACUGAGGGAACAAAGGAGGCCGGACUCUGGACUCUGUAUUUAUGGAUCUAAAUAUGAACAAACGCACAUUACGUUGGGUAUGGAGACUUUCCGUACCUGAACACUCGGACUGUUACCUUGUUCGAUCUGCUUCUCUUUAGGUUUUUAACGAUUCCUCUACCUCAUGCUGAAACCACGACACAGUUCGACCACAUCAGACGACUCGCGCAGCCUCGCUGACGCUGGAAACUCCAUCAUAUUGAAAUAUAUCAACGUAUCCAGAGUCAGUCGUCUAAUUAGCUUGUAAUCAUUCAUUUAAAACAGUAUGAAUGUCAGUAAAGAUAAUUAACAGCUCCACUUUAACCAAUGUGAGUUUUUUUUUAAAGGUUUCAGAGAACAAAGUGAAACACCCCAAAACCUGGGCAGCUCUCAGUUUUCAGCUACUUCCAUUAACAGUAAAUAUAUUUGGUCGCCAGCGGUGACGGUGCCUGUAAUCUUUUACAUUUUAACGUUGUUGUGAAACCGAUCAAUCGCAGGGACCCCGGAGGAAACCGCUCCAGUUUAACAGGCUGCUCUGGAAGUUAGUCUCCAGACAAAACCUCACGAGAGCGUUAUUGGUCGCUGUAUCGUUGCCGUGAACAGAGCCCGUCCUGCUGAGACUACCUGAUGGAGGAUAAAGUUCACAGUGCAAGAACUCGUGUUUCAGUUCGGCUGACGCUGAUAAUCUUCCUCAUAUUAGCUUCAGCGAGCGGAACUUUUUACAAGUCCAGUUAAAACGUGAAAUAGAACAACAAGACAAACAUCCUCGGACAGUGCUCAGACAUGUAGAGGUUUCCCUUCAUGUACAUAGUUUCUCACCUUUCAUUCCCUGAAAGAUGGCCUUUGUGAUAUUUUGUACUUCUGAAAUAAAUGUGAUGUCUGCUUUCUGAAAGGAAA